AUGGCUUUGAUUUAUUCAAUAUGGCUUGGACAAUCUAUACGUGCUGUUGGUGCACCACCAUUUCUUUGCUUUGAAUAUUCCUGGAUCAAUGUUAGAUUCAAUGGUUGGCUUCAUUUACUUGAUUAUAUAGAACCAUCAACAGCAACACAAUUAAUUGCUGAUUUUUUUCAAUUUUUAUUUGCUUGUCAACAAUGGCGUGUAUUUUCAUAUGAAACAAAUGAAAAAGCCUAUAUAUAUAUUGAAUUAUGUGGAUCAAAUCGUGAAAUAAUUUAUGAUAAUGAUAGAUACAAAAAUAAUCCAAUAAAGGAUUUUGUAACAAAUCCAAGACAUUGGCUUGAUCAAUUUAAAUAUGGUAUAUUUAUGUAUGGAGUAUGGUUUGUUUUAUUAAUUGUUUAUCUUGCUGGUACAAUACGAAUUAGUUCACUUGGGCUUGGUUAUCUUAUAGCAUGUUUUUAUUUGCUAUUGUAUGGUCAAAAUUUGUUAACAAAAAUUACAAAUAUGAUAAAAUUGUAUGUUAAUUAUUAUUAA